GGCUCCGCGGCCCCGGGGGGGGGGCACCCGCCCGCCCUCCCGGCGCCGCACACGGCACCGCACCCGCCACGCGGAUUUACGGCGCGGACCGCAGCCUCCGGGGCUGUCCAGCAGGGAUGGAGGGAUGCGUGUACAGGUCAGAGCAGCAGGAGCCCAGCACAGCCCUGUGGGGGUAGGCGUGAAGGUGGUUCCCUGUGAGGACACAGUGGGACCUCCCAAGGCCCUGGAGGAACGUGGAGUCUUGCUGGGAAGAGGGAGAGCUCCUCUCUGCCUGCUGCCCAUUCACCUACUGUGUUUCCAGGGAUUUAUACAAGGAUUUAGGGCUUGGAGCCUGGAAGAAUAUUAGUACCAUAGGAUUGCUGAAGAGCCUGACAGCGAUGGGGGAUGCACUACAGAGGAGGGACAUUCCUUCAGGAGGGCCUGCACGUCCGUGAGCCCUGGCUGCUGGUGGCGGAGGGUGCCUGGGGCUGGGCUGCUCACCCAGCCCUGGGCUGGGGGCAGAGCCGCGGUGCUUGCAGGGCACAGCCAGCGAAGGGCGAAGAGCUGGGGUAGGGUCUGCAGGGACAGGCCCGAGCCCUGGGAGACCGGGGCUGCCAGCAGAGCCACUGCUCCUCCAGGCACCUCUUCCUGGGGUGGGGGUGGGGGACUCAGCGACCCUUGGUCCCUGGGCUCACCGUGGAUGUCCCUCCGUGCACCGCCGGCAGGAUCGCUCCCCUAGUGCCGGUGCAGAGGGACGGAGGGCCGCUCGCCUCACCAUGGUGCUGCCACCACCUGACAAGCGCCACGUCUGUCUGACCACCAUCGUCAUCAUGACCAGCAUGGCCUUCAUGGACGCCUACCUGGUGGAGCAGAACCAGGGGCCCCGCAAGAUCGGUGUCUGCAUCAUCGUGCUGGUGGGGGACAUCUGCUUCCUCAUCGUGCUGCGCUACGUGGCCGUGUGGGUGGGGGCCGAGGUGAAGACAGCCAAGCGCGGCUACGCCAUGAUCCUGUGGUUCCUCUACAUCUUCGUGCUGGAGAUCAAGCUGUAUUUCAUCUUUCAGAAUUACAAAGCAGACAAGAAGAACCUGGAGACAGUGGCCAGGAAAGCCCUGACCCUACUGCUCUCCAUCUGUGUGCCAGGGCUCUACCUGGUGCUGGUGGCCUUGGACAGCAUGGAAUACAUACGGACCUUUCGGAAGAAAGAGGACUUGCGGGGGCGCCUCUUCUGGGUGGCCCUUGACCUGCUGGAUAUCUUGGACAUACAGGCCAAUCUGUGGGAGCCACAAAGGACUGGCCUGCCCAUCUGGGCAGAGGGGCUCAUGUUUUUCUACUGCUACAUACUCCUCCUGAUCCUGCCUUGCGUGUCCCUCAGUGAGAUCAGCAUGCAAGGGGAGCACAUUGCCCCACAAAAAAUGAUGCUCUACCCCGUCCUCAGCCUGGUCACCAUUAACAUUGUCACCAUCUUCAUCCGGGCCAUCAACAUGAUCUUGUUCCAGGACAGCAGGGUCUCCACUAUCUUUAUUGGCAAGAACAUCAUCGCAAUUGCCACCAAGGCGUGCACUUUCCUGGAGUACAAGCGGCAGGUGAAGGAGUUCCCCCAGAAUGCCAUUGCCCUGGAGCUCCAGCAGAAUUCCCUCUCGCACAACCAGACCAUCCACAGCGCGCAGGGCAUCCCUCACGAGCCGUCGCCCACCAGCGAGAUCCUCGACACAUGAGGGAUGCCCCAGCCAAGCGCUGGUUCAGAUAGCCCCGUGCUGAGCAGAGGAGGGAUGCUGCUUUCUUGCUGCCUGGUGCGAGCACGACCGACACGUCCCGGCAGGGAGGGCUCUUCUGGGCACAGAAACACCAACCGCGUUUUAAUUGAGCUGUGGAGUGUCCUCUAGACGUCUUCAUCUCAGGUAUAACCCUAGGAGUCCUCCAGACAAACCAAAUGUACUUGCAAAGGACCUGAACCAGCUAACCCUCUUUCUCCCUCCUGCCACAAUCUCCCCUCCCGAGCAAAGACCGCUAAGGUUCCAACGUCCCUUUUUACUCCCCGAGCACCUCACCUUUACUCCAAGCCUGGAUCGAAGAUUUUGUAACUGGAGUCCUUUUUAUGGAGUGGGGACAGGGGCAUAGGGGUGUGGAUUGGGGGGGGGAAGGGGGGGACAUUUGAAGCAGUAAACCCUGUGAUCGUAGCUGUCUCUUAUCUCCAAUGGUUGUGUUUACAGUUUCCUAUUUAUAUGGGCCCCGGGGGUCCUGGGCUGCCCUGGGGGCUGGUGUCCUUGUGGUGGGCAAGAGCAGGAAGCCCUGCAGUGGGGAGCAGGGCGGGAGGCUGGCGUGGCUCUCCUGCCCUGGGAUGAGGGGGACCGUGCCUCCACUGGCGCACUACGCCGACUCUGAUGGGAGCAAUAUUUGACAAGCUGGAGCUAAUCUAAUGCUGGUGAUUUAUGUAUUUCAUUGACUCCAAACAACUCAGCACAAUAUUUCUAUUUUCAGAAGGGUCCCUCUCUGUCUCCCUGCCAUCGUGAGCCUCCCUGCCUGCAGCAGCCGGUGCAGAUGCUCCAGACCCCCAGCACUGCUGCUGGCAGGAACGGGCACCCAGGAGGGCUUAGUAAUAAGGAUGGCAAUGAUGCAUUUCACUCCGGCAUUGAGCGUUUUUAAAGAGGGCUGCUUUCCACAGCUACUAUAUUUUUAAAAUAAAUAUUUGGAAAAAAAAAAAAUCCCCAAAAAAAAGAGCCUGGAAGGAUGUGGUGCCCUGAGCAGGUGGCUGGGAUUGGGGAUGGCCGAGCUGGGGUCUCCUCUGCUGGCAUGGGUGGUGCUGAUGGGCUCAACCGGCCACGAGCAGCUGGGUGGGAGGUGAGGGCCAGACAGAUAAUAAAAGCCCCAUGAGAGCAAUGGCUUCUGGUGGUCUCUUUCCUGCCAGUGUGGGGAGGGAUGGGGGCAGCUCCCAUGCAACCCAAAUCACUUAUCUCCUCCUCUAUCCAUCUCCCCUGGACCACCAAGUGCUGUCACAAGGUGCUGUGCCCUGAAGUCAUUGAGUGGUGAGUGCAAAAAGGAAAUAAAUAAUUUUUCCAGCUGAAAUGCUGCCCUGGGGCUGGGUGCCUCGCAGCUGCCUGAGCCUGGGGGGAGGCACAAAGAGACAAGCAGAAAACUUGCAUCUCAAACAUGCUGAAGUGGGAUAUUUUUGCUUUUUCUAAACCAAACAUUUCAUAUUGAGGAGAUGGAAUAAAAUGCCUGGUGCUGUUUACAUUUCUCUUCCAUAUUUUCACUUGGCUCUGCUCAUUGAAUUUGACCUAAAUCCACAAGUCAUUUUUGUUUCCAUCUUUUCAGCGCAUCAUGAUCUGUCCAAAACAUUUCAACCAGCCCUUAUCAAGACUUCCAAAUUUAGGACCAGACUAUCACAGUCCUGCUUGGCCUCCCUGUCACCCAGGGAUGACUCUAGUGGUAAGAAAUCCACUGAGAAAUAAAAUUAUAUCUUUACCAAUAAUAGUGAGAUUGCAAUAGAUUUAGCCAACUGGAAAAGUUUCUUCUCUGUUUUCCUCAGAGAACAUGAGAGGAAGAGGGUAGGUGAUUUAAAAGGUAUUAGCAGGAAUUAAUUAAAUUGCUAAAUUAUUCUGGAAUACCUGUGGAAUUACAUAUUACAUCUCUACUGAUUCCAUUAAAAUACAUGUGAUUAGCAUUGGUGCAAUUAACUCCCUAGUAUCUAAUAGCAUUCUGCUGCUCUUUAGGUCAUUAAUUUAUGAGCUUUUGUUUUAUAGCUCGUCCCCAGAACUGAGCAGAGGAAAACCCUCAGGAAAAUCUCUGGCAUGGUGCCGUGCAGCCCUUGUCUGGGAUGUGCCAGCUCAGGCAGUGCCCAGCGUUAGGCUCCACCCUGAUACAGUGGUGUUUUAUCCUGGGGAUAAAAUCAGUUAUGUUGGGGGUUACUGUGACAGGUCACUGUGUGUAUUUUUGUUCUGUCUCACCCUGAUAUCUAGCUCUGCAUCCAUGCCUUAUAGUGGAAUAAUAUAUUAUUAUAUAUUAUUAUUAUUAUAUAUUCCAAUUAUAUUUGAAUAAUAUAUAUUAUAAUAAUAUAUUCAAAUAUAUUAUUCCUUGAGCCUGAUCUAUUGCUAAGGUUGCUUGGGGGGAUGUCUGACUGUGCCCCCUGAGUGGAGCCUGUGUGGAAAGGGAAUAGUGCUUUAUCCUCCUCGUACCGUAACCUCCAGGAAGGCUUAGGAGUCCCCUCAAGAUUUUCCCUGGGGUUGCAAGACCCUGCUUUCCAUUGCUGACAUGGGGUUGUUGUCUUUGUGGAGAGGGGUGUCCCUGGGGAAGGGCUGCAUUAGAAGCAGAAGUGAGAGCAGAGGUCCUGGAGGUGAUGCUCACCUGGGAUGCUGUGCAUGGCAUUGUUCCCAUAAAGGCAUCUGAGCUCACAGGUGCUCAAAGCCCAUGAGCUCUGUGGUGAGGGGAGGGAGAAGAGGCUUUUCUCAUCUUCUGCUGUUCAGCGUCCCCAGGGGCUCUGUGCGUGUUCUUACUCAGCAACACAACACUUUCUUUUCAAAGCCUUCUUGGAAGGAAGAGUUCCAAGCUGGCCCCUCCACAGCAGCUGCUGGAGGAAGGAUGGGAACCAGGAGAGAGGCGAGCUAGUUGGGAAAGGCAGCAUGGAAAUUAUCUGUGAGCAGGGGGGAGAGUCAGAGCAGCCAGAAAAGACCUCGGAGACGUGGAGAGAGCACAGGAGUGGCAGCAGUGCAACUGUUCCCUGCCCGGUGUUUUCUGAGGGUGAUGCCUCCUCCCUGAAAUCCACCCCUGCCAGAAGAGAAAAGACCUCUGGAAGCCGAGGGACCAGCAGGAGGGAUGGCAUGGUGGCUGGGCAGGGUGACUGGCUCCCAGCCUGGCUGGUUGUUAGGGGAAGGUGAUAUUUUGCCAUGGGCAAUGAGAACUAAAGGUAACAAUUAAAACUAAAUAGGCUGGAACCAAGCAAUUUUUCAGCUUUCCACUGAGGAGGUGUGUUGGCAAAGGAGCUCCUUUGUGAAAAACGAAAUCCUCCUGGCAAGCUAUAGAAUCCCACCUGCUGAAGCAAAAGCAGAAAAUUAAUAAUGCAGAAGGGAUGCAAAUUCCCAGCCCUCCGGUGGAAAAUCCAAGGGGGCAGGAUCCCUCGCUGCCAUUCAAAAACAGCCCAUGAGUACAAGGGAGCCCUUGGUGGGGGGAGGCCAGUGGUGCUUUGGAGGCCCAAAUGGUGCUCUCCUACCUGUCACUGACUCACUGGGUAGUGUUGAAGCUACACAUCCUUCCAAGCCAAGUGACAACUCCUGAAGGAGCCAGGUCCACCCCGUAGCUUGCAGUGGACACUGAGCGAUGGCAACCUUUGGAGAUUCAAAACUCAAGCCUGUCUGAGCCUUCCUGUUGGACUGCUCUCAAAGGUCAGCAAAUUGUCUCAGUCCUGCACAGCCACAGAUGAUCCCUGGGCGGUGGCAGUGGGCUGCACUGUACCCAUUCACGUCCCAACCAUUGCAGAACUGCAAAACAAGAGCUCACAAGUAAGUGGAGCAAAGCAAGCCAUGGAGGCUGUUGUGACACAUCAAGCCCAGACAAAUCCAGCUGGGUUCUGUCCCCCUGUCCAACAUUUGGACGAAGAGGCAGCAAUGGGCUUGUACUGCUGCAAGCCUGACACCAUCUGAGAAGAGCCUGGACCCAGCUCUUGUGUCCCAACAGCCUCAUGGUACCUGCAUUACCUCCUCACUGCCUCAGGCUGAAUAACAAGAUAUUUUAUCCUCCUGGGAGCUCACAUCCAGCCCACAGCAGCCCAAGCCCCUUGAUGCUCCACUGACCUGUGUGCUGGCCUGCUCCACAAGGCAAGGAUGCCGACUGGGGCUCGAGCUGUAGCUUUCCUUUCCUGGGGUACUGGCAGCUCUCACAUGUCCUUCUUGUCCUCUGAAAGUCUCCUUUUGGCAGAUGAAAAUAUCUGAUGCUGCAGCCCCGUGCAAGACUGGAGGAGGGUACCAGGCACUGAGCCAAAAGCACCCUACAGUCCUGCAGCCAAAUUCUCCACGUGGGCCUGGCACUGGUGACUUUGCUGGGCCUGAAAGUGCGUGGGAGAGUUUUGGAGAAGAAAUACACCCCCCAGGGCGAUGCAGCACAAGGAUAGCCCUGCAAGGCUCUCUGCAGGGUAAGACUUUGCAAACCACACAUCAAGAGCAGGGUGCCUUGGGACAGGCUGCUCUCCCAGCCCAACAUCUGCUUCUGUUUCCUGAAGUUUAAUUACCACUCCCACCCUGGAACUUCCAGAGCCCAGCCUCCACUGAAGACCCGGGGCACAACUGCUCACGGGUGCCAGGGGAGUAGUUAGGGGAGCAGUUAGAGCCCUAACCCCAGACAAACACUGCAGGUACCUGAGAGCAUCACCUUCUAAAGCAGCCCCAGGAAAGAGUGGGGGGCAGAGGCUGCCUUACCUACAGGAAACCCCAGCAAGGCACAGGGAAAUGCUGUCCCAUGGGGGGUGGAGCAGGGGGAUACUUUGCCUCCUAACCUGCACUGCUCUGCUUCCCCCCUCAAGUGCACCGUGUGCUUGUGUGCACAGCCCAGCUGCAGGAGCACCACACUGAAGGGAUCGAGGCUGUCAGGUUGUGUUUCACUGGGCAGGGCAGAGAGGCUCUCCAUUCCCCCUCGUGAAACUCAUAUGCUCUCCCCAUGGGAUGCCGUGCAUCCUGGUGCCACCUGGUGCAGCUCCAUGCACUGUCACCUCAAACCAUAUAUAAAUAAGUAAUUUUUUUGUCUUCAGUCUGGGUUUAUUUGUUAAGCAGAGAGAGACUGAAUAGUAACUGCUUUCCUCGUGCCUGCCCCAGAUUUGCUGCACUUUUUUUAUUUCAGGCCAAUGCUGCAAUAGAAAACAAAGGGCAAGUGUCCAGAGCACAUUGACAGCAAUUCCCAUCCUCCUAAAUUCCUCCUGCCCAGGCUCUCUGGCAAAAGUUAAAGUUUCUCAUCAAUUACAAUCCUAACUUUGAAUGCCCUGGAUUUUUCAGCUGUGUCUGGUUUUUAGGUCUGGCAUCCUUGAAGGAUAAUAUCCAUUUAAGUUACUGAUUUGGGCUUGCUCAUUUAACUUCACCUUAAUAAAGAUUUUAUGUGGUUUUGA